CAAACAUUACGGUACAACUUUUGGCUUUAGCGUAUAUUACCGUCAUUACGGUAACGUACGCGGAACUCGACCUCAUCAAACAUGGCGCUAUCCUGCUCCAGCCUGUAUAGCCAUUUGUCUUUGACCCGACUGUGUGGUCUCAGGACAAACAGGAUAACAAAUGGCCUUUAUUCUCCGUAUCUGCCCUGUCAGUCCAGGUUGCCCCUGUGUAGGCACUACUCAUCCUCCAAAGUUAGACGAGGUCUUGGUCGAUAUGUCGCCUCCAAGCUCAGGAGGGUCAAUGACAAAUAUGAAGGUUUCCUCAAAAGGCGAUUUCCGCGCUUUUAUCUGCUUUAUCACACUUUUGUGGAAGGAUUCAAGCUACUGUUCCAAGAUACCAAAGAUGUGCGAAGGAUAAGGACAAAGAUGUUCUAUGAUAAAGUGCAGUACAAGAAUUUGCCGUACAGGGAGAUGGAGAAGCUCAGACAGUUUCGCAGAGACAUGAUGAAGGCCGUUCCACUGGUGGUGAUAUCGAUUCCUCCCUUUGCCAACUACCUGGUUUUUGUCCUGAUGUACUUUUUCCCCCGCCAGAUCCUGAUCCCUCAUUUCUGGACUCCCAAGCAGCAGGUAGAGUUUCAGGGAGUGUACCAUUCCCUGAGGACAAGACGCCACUUGCCUGUGCUCAAAGGGCUCGAGAAUACGAGCAAACAGGUCAAAGAUGGAAAGCUGCAGAGUAGCCUUAAAGAUCUGUGUGCUAAUGUGCAAAGUGGAGCAAACCCUAAAGUGUCUGAUAUCCUUGCCGUUCGAAGCCUGUUUUCUGGACCUCCUAUGGGUAUAAAGAGGAUGAGUGUGGAUCAGAUGAGACAUCUCAGCCCUCUGCUCUUCCUGACUCCUCGCCUCCCGGGUUUCCUGGUUGGCCGGCGGCUGAAUAGCCACGCCUUGGAGCUGCUGCAGCUGGACCGGGCCCUCAGCAGGCUGGGCCCUCACCAGCUGAGUGACUCAGAACUCAGACAGGCUUGUUUUGUCAGGGGGCUCCAUUCUCACAGCCUCAGCAUCAAUCAGUGCCGUGAGUGGUUACACCAGUGGCUUCAGGUGUCCUCUUCACUGAAAGACUCAGAGGUGUCACUGCUAUUGCACAGCAUUGUAUUCCUCUCUGCCAACUACCCCAACGGUGCCAGACGACACUGACAGGAAGCCGGCAGCAAUCUGCUUCUGCGAUUAUGUUCUCUUUUGUGCACUGGGUGGGUAGCACAGCUUCCUAAGAGUUGUCAACAUCUCUUUUUUUGCUUGCGGAAAAAAACACUUUAAAACUGUUCUGGGCAAGAUUAAGAAAAAAAAACUCUAAGCCAAAACUUGAACUAGAGAAAAGGAUCCUGUUAGUUCUAGACGCCUUACUGUAGAAUUAUCCUGUUUCCCAACUACAUACACAGCUAACAGGAUUUUUUUGGGGGGAAGUGGAUGAAUCUAUUGUCUUUAUCAGGUGAGUGGUGUGGUAUGGUAUUCUACUUAAUAAAUUAGCACAAUAAGACUUAAAUGCUUAAUUGAGCCCAUGAGAGAAUUAAAUUGACUUAGAUGCACAGAACUAUAUUAAGUGGUGUUGUUGAGGUAAUGAGAUUACCUGUCGCAGUGUCUCAAGCUUGUUACCACUUUUAUGCUCAGGCUUGUCAUUUGUUUACUUUGAACACAUCAUUACACACCUACAGAGACGAGCAGGGAAACAAAGAGGAUUAUGUUUAGUAAAGGCUCAGCAGCACCUUGUGUGCUGUCAAUCUUCUACUUGUGGAAUGGUAAAAUUGUUCGGACUCAUUCCAAAAACAGAUAAAUAUGCUUUUAUGUGGGCGUGUUGAAUGUCCGCAUCAAACACGUACUGUAGCUUCUCGUACAUUUACCUCACUCUGUGCUCUGCUCUGUUACUCCUUAACAACGAACAAUGCUGGUCAAAAUGGAAUUUUGUGUCGGUCUCAAGGGAAGGAAAUAGUUUAUCAAUUACGGAACAGCCAAGAACAUGAAGAAUCAGUAGAUUACACAGAGGCACCUUCUAAAAGAAAAAAUGUAGAUGGAGAAAAAAAAGAGAUUGAAAAGAAGCCCUAUUAUGUUUGCAAUUGCAAAGACAUUCAAGCUUUGUUUGUGUGGUGAGGAGCUAAACUUCUACAUUAAUAUACUUUUUGAUGUGCAGUACAGCAUUUACAAGCUGUCUGAAAAGGUUGCGAUGGCACUUUAUUAUUAUUUUUUACUUUGUUUACUUGCUUUGGAAGCCUAAGAUGACUUUAACUUAUCCAGGUCAGACCACACUAGAGCACAUCAUUUAAGUCAAUCAUUCAAGCGUUUUGCUCACUUCAGGGUUGCGGUAAAAAGAGGAAGUGAACAUCCACUCCGCUGGUGUUUGGUGUUAAGUGUAAAAUAGAAAAUGUCUUUUGCUUCCUGUGCCUUUCGCAAGAACUGGCACAUUACAUCUGAAAUAUCAGUUGGAAAGUUCUCUUGUUUAAGGAUUUUUUUUAAUGCAUUUUAUUUGAUCAACAGGUUUUGAAUGUUGUGUUGCGGUGUCAAUAUCAUAUGCAUUGUAAUGGAACUGUGUCUGAAAUAAAAAACUUUUUGGUGCA